AUGUGUGCUGCCUAUGCCCUGGCUGCAGUCCGUCCUGGCCUUCUUCCUGGUGGCGUAGUCAAACCGACGGACCGGACGACAGGCAAACAAGUGCGUAUAGCCAUGACGACAGACCGGCACACCCACAACAGAGAUAGACAGUACAAGAAAACCGGCAAAAUGGCAGAUGGCCUAGGUCUACAUGAAGACUUGGCCACGCGGUAUCACCCCGGCUCAGAAACAACCGCGCCACCGACAAACAGAUCAAGUAACGAACCAAUUGACAAACAAACAAACAAACACAACCAGGGAGAGAGAAGCACAUACGGAUAG